AUGAAGUCGGUUUGCGUUUGCUUCCUUCUCCUCGCCGUUUCCACCGCAUUGGCGGCCGACUCGGUUCUGUACAGGUUGUGUAAGAAUUUCGUUGGGGCGCAAAAUAUGUGGAAGGCGGAAGGAAAGUGUCCUAGAAGCUUCAAACAGGGCGAAGAAGCGGCCUGUAACGUAAGUGCGGACUCUUCAGAACACUUAUACGUUGCUACACGAGAGACGGUGUUAAGGGCAGGUUGAUUCAAAAGCUCGCAAAUUUGCAAGUGGAACCAGAAACCUGGGACACGCUAAAUUUUGAAAAAAUACCCAUAACGUUCGAGUACUGAAGCCAAAUGGGAUGAAGCUUUACAUAGCUUAUUCCUGGAGGCUGAUUAACACUUGUGUAGAAUUUCAUGACAUUUGGAAAGAAACCCCCCGAGAUAUGAUCGAAAAAUGGGGUGGAAAAAAAACCUGGGACGCACUGUAUCUCGGCGCAGAUAUUGGUCUUAUUUUCUGUUAAAAUUUCCGAUGACCUUGUGCGGUGUAAAAAUAAGUAUUUUUAGGACCUCGAGAACUUCAAACCGCCGUAUGAAAACGAUGAACAAGAGCGAAACAUUAUGAUGGGAGUAAUGGGAUGCAGGGUAACAAGAUGCGAACUCACCGACGAAUAUUGCGAAAGUAACAAAGCCACACUUGAUCGCCUAUCCCCGAAACAAAGUAGGCAAUGAAUAAAUGCGAAUGAAUAAAUUAAAACCGUUGAUGAUGGAAUUUCUUGUACUAGUCGCGUUUGCAGAGUCGUCGGAGUGA